CGCUUUCCGGCCCCGGUGGCCGGGUCUCCAGAGCUCCGGGCUGAGCGUCCGCAUGGCGGCCGUUGCGGCGGAGGCGCGCGUGUUCCUGGAGGUGCGGAGACGGCUGCAGAGCGCGCUGCUGAUCCUGGGUUCGCUUCAAAUGCCGAACGACUGUAGAAUGGCUGAUGUUGAGUUGUUCAGCAACUUCUCCUGAGGUUGUAAGAGGAUCGAUUUCGAUGAUGCUCUCAGCUGGUUGUUGUCAACUUCUGAUGUCCAGCCACUGCGCUCCUCGUCUUCAAGGCUCGUCUCCUUUGCAAAACUUCUUGAACCACCAGUACACUGCAUGAUCAUGAGCAGUUCCUGGGCCAAGGAUUCCGCGGAAGGAGGCCUGCCAAUGGAUGUUUCGGUAACGCCGUCCUCGCUCCGGAUGCAGAGCCCCGGCGGCCGCACGGAGCUCCGGCUGCCGGCAGGGGUCAGCCUCGCGCCGUCCUCCUGCCGCGGGCUGCGGCACGUGCCCGGGGACGGGCUGCACCUGCGGCUGCAGGCGCGGGCCGCGGGCCGCCCGGAACUGAUUUCAGUGUUUAAUCAAAGAUCACAAGCCCAAGAAUGUUGCACGUUUUAUUGCCAGUCCUGUGGUGAAGUCAUCAUAAGGGACAGGAAGCUCCUGAGAGUGCUCCCCCUGCCAGGCGAUAACUGGGGCGCUCUGGUUGACGAGUGGUGUUGUCAUCCUGACCCCUUUGCUAAUAAGCCACUUCAUCCACGAGAGAAUGACUGUUUCACCGGAGACUGUUUCUACCUGGUGAAUUUAAAGAGUGAUUUGUGGCAGCCAAGACCUAAAGAAGCCCCAGUGGAGACACACCAUCUUUCUUCUGAGAACCAUCUAAAAUUGAAACCAAAGGCAAAUACCAAAGUAAUUUGUAAGCGUUGCAAGGUAAUGUUGGGAGAGACUGUGUCAUCAGAAACCACUAAGUUUUAUAUGACGGAGAUAAUUAUUCUGCCAUCUGAAAGAAAUUUUCCCAUCAUACCAAGGUCUCAGUUUGUACAGAGCAUUAUCGCCCAGUGUAUGGUGGAACUGUCCUCUGCUAGAAGCACUUUUAGAUUCACUAUUCACGGUCAUGAUGGCAAAGUAUACAUUCUGCUAUGGCUUUUAAACUCAGACAGUUUGGUGAUUGAAUCUUUGGGACAGUCCACAAGCAUCAAAAAAUUCCCUGUGUUGGAAGAUGUAUUGAAGGCCGAUUCCAAUUCCGCCUGGAAUGCAGUCAAGGUCCUCUACCAGCCAUGCAUCAAAAGCCGGAAUGCAGAGCUCUCCAGCUUGUGGGAAAGUGACAUCAGCGUACACUCCCUCACCCUACCCUCUACAACCUGCCUGGAGCUGCUGUUGAUACUGUCGAGGAGUAAUGCUGCACUGCCUCCAUCCCUCCGCUGUAUGAAUUCUUUCCAGUCCCUCCCUCCUCUGGGUAUUUAUCUGUGCUCCUGGUAUUGGAUGUGGUCAAACAGAACAUCACAUGUAGACUGACCAGUAGGAAGACCCCCUCCCUGGUGGCGUUUUUGAAGAUGUAACCAAGGGAGUUGACAUAUCCCUCUCCACAGCACGGGGUGCACCGGCAGCCAGCAGUCAGCCCAGCGGGCAGCAGUUACAGAGACAAGAACCCGGCUACAGCAAGAAAACAGGGCGUUGCAGCUUUGAGUUUACUUGCUCGCAUCUGUUCUCUAAGAGAAGAGUUUACUUUAAAUCCUUGAAACACCAAGGCUGUGAAGAAAGUCAUAGUAGCAGGUUGAGAGAUAAGUAUAGAAUUUUCAUCUCUGUUUCCCACCGAGAGGAACAUUCAGAUAUGUGCUGUGUCAGCACCACCUGGAGAGAGAGAGCUGGCGGAGACCCAUCCGUCCUCUGUGGAGGCAGCGAGGGGCUUUGCUGGUGGAAUUGAAAGUUAGCUGCUGUAAAUCUUUGGACAUAACUUGCAGAGAACUUCUCAGAUUUGCUUAAAAGAAUUUUUUUAAGAAAAUAUGGAACUCUGUAUGCCUUAUUCAGAGGGGAUGCUCAGUAAAUAAAUGUCUGUCGAAUGCCUGAUUGUCAAAUUAAAGGGUUUCCCAUUUAUGCAAAA